GUUUGCCCGCCGCCUCUGCGCCUCACUCUCCAUCGCCCGCCCGCGAGAAGGGGCGCAGCAAAAACGAAGGCGUACUACCACCACGCGUGCACGCUCGCACACACCUGUUUCCCCCGUCAGGACAAAAACACCAGCUAUUCUGUAGUGAGCACCGCUUGGAUCCUCUGCCUCGAGAGUUCCUUCUAGUCCAUGCAUCCUUGUGGAUUCACCGCGACGGACGUACGAGUGGUUUACUGGCCAGGAUCAACGUCUGGGAGGCAGUUCUACGACCAACUGACUGUCCAGGCUGCUUCUGGGAACGUCGGGUUCACGUUGCAAGAAUGAUGUGUAGUGCUAUGGUGGAUUUUCCGCCAAACUUUCCAGACAGCUGCCGGCACAGUUGCGCCUGAAGUCGGCCCAGGACGCAUACUAACCCCCUUCCACUACUCCUUGCUGUACUCCCACCACCUGUCCAGUGAUCUCCCAAGAUGCCUUCAGACCGAAGCACCCCAGAACACAAUGGAAUCAUUACACGUCGAGUGACACCCGGACCCGUCGCAGAAAAUGAUGCUGACGUCAUUUCCAAUACGAAGCACGAGGAAUGGACGACGUCAAAGAAGGUCGUCAAUCACAAGACACGACAGACGGAAACACGGGUGCAACGGCAGGUUGUCCUGGAAGACGGCAAGGUGAUCGCCGACUCUGGUCCGCAGAUUACGACCAGGACAACGGAGGACAACAAGGUUGAAGAAUCAGAAGACACACAGCACAAGAAGACAGGAGACGACCGUGCUCCAGAUGGUUAUGUACCAAUCCCUGGUUCCGAGAAAGUAGUAUGCGAGAAGACAGAGACCCACCACGUUAUGAAGGAGUCCAAAGAAGAGAACAUGAAAAUGCACGACGAGAGGAUCAGGGAUCUUUCGAAACCGGAGGAGAUCCAUCGGAUGGCGCUCAUGGUUCCUGGCGAAUCGCCUCUAGUAGGAAUUUCACCAGGACAGUAUCCAGGAAAGGUGACGCACUACAGCAGCCGUUGCAAGAAGGUUAGCGACACGGACGAAGUGAAAGAGUUCUCGGAGCAGAAGGGCGGAGAGGUUACCACCCAGACAACCAGGACGCACCACCACGAAGAAGUCGACGACGACGAGGUUCCAGAAGACGAAGCUGAAGGUAAGGGCUUACCAGCCAUCGAAACCGAAACAAGACGAAACUACGAGUACCUUCAUGACGGAGACGAACACGAUAAGCUUUCUGACAGACAACGCAAGGAGAAGGAAAUGCGAUUCCUUACGACAGGAGAACCAGCAGAGCGUCGAGACCCCGUAACUCGCAGGGCUCUCAGUCUCCAAGAAGAAGAAGAGAUCAGAAACUCAGUAACAAAUCGCUGGCUCGAAGACCACUUUGGUUCGGACCAAUCAGACGACGACCCGGUUAGACCGCACUCUGGUGGCAAUAUCAUAAACAUACGAAUGACCGAUAAAAGAACUCCAACGCCACCGUCCAGAAGGGACUCUCCAGAGGUUAUUUACACUAUGCCUUACUUCAAGUCCCCCAAUCAGGAGCCAGUAGUGCGUGAAUCCGUCAGUCCGUACCAGCCCUCAACGCUGCAGAGUAGUAGGGUUCAAAAGACGUCGUAUCAUCUUGGUGAACACGAAAGGAACGUAGAGAAGACCAACGUGAAAAACGUCUGGAAGUCGAGUCCCUCGAUAUACCACGAUCUAACGCGAGACUUGGACGACGCCUCGUCUGUCACGUACAGGAGAGAAGGUGGAGCGUACAAGGACCUGGAGAGCAGCUACAGGCCAGCAGAAAGGUCCACCAUAGUAGGCAACAGCAUCUUUACCAGAGAGGACCGCAGACAGCACCAUACCAGCCAAACGUUGGAUGACAGCAGGAUUCGGAGGCACGACUCCUUCCAUCAGACGGCUACGAGCACCCCUAAGCGACCUGUCCACCGGUCACAGUCUACCCGUGUACCUGACAGGACUAGCAGCCAGCCCACGCCUCACUGGACAAACUUCACCCUCCCCAGAGGUCCGAACGGCCGCGUCAGAACAUUCACGGAGUACACGUCAAGGACCAGCCGCGGCGUUCAGGCUGAUCUUGAGGAACCAACAAUUACCCCAACAUCCCGCCAGACAGUCCGCACGGUCAAAGAAACGCAGAGCUUGCCCCGCCACACUCACACUCAUCACCACCACCGUCACCACACACAUCACCAAAACCACGAGGAACGUCAGAGACACGACACCAGGAGCCCAGAGUCUAACGCGUCGUCUACGAUGUCGCGCCCAUCCAAGACAUUCUACUUCGGUGACAAGACGGACGUGAGCUUUCACAACAAGCAUCGUCCAAACUACUUCACGAUUGAAAAAGAUCGCUCAGUGCAGCCGCCUCGAGGCUUCAGUUCGGACCGGUAUUACUCCGUCGAAGACUUAACCGGCCGAUCUUACACCAACAGUCACACGCAGUCGGUAAAGAAGACCAGCUACCAGGAUAGACAACGUAACGUGCACGCUACACCGCCUACGAGUCCACCACCCAGGCUAAUUAAAGUGACCAACGGUCGCUUGUCUUCGCCGCCCGUGCCUCCGCCUCCUCCGCCGUUCCAGUACGAGAAGCUAAGCCGGCCGAUAAGGACGGCAUCACCAGUAGUGAACCCUCCGACUUUCACUCCUUUGUUAAGUCCCACGGAGAUAAAGAGACAGCAAUCGAGUUCGAUGAGCAACCUGUCUCGAGAUCGAUAUGACACGACCCAGGAGUACCGCACCGCGACGUCCAGGACCACGAAGAAGGAAUACAGAGUUCCAGGGCCGACAGUCGUUGAGGUGCGGAACUGGAAUAACCGAUAAGUGCGCCGUACUGCUGCAGAGGAACUGUGCGCUUCCGGAAGGAAUAUUGGCUCAAUUCGAUGAGUGCGCUCUGUAGCAAUUACUAUCAGGCAGUCUGCAGAUCUAGUGACAAAUCCUUGUAGGAACAUGGUGGGGGACUGCAAAGCUGAUAUAACUAACGUGCAGGGUGUUUCCGCUCGGACAAGACAAAAAGAAGAAGAGAACAAGGACAAAGAGAAAACAUUCAAUUACAGAGCGAAUCACGCACUGUGUAUGGUUUCUAAGGUACAUAGUAGACACAGUGCAAGGAUGAGACGGUUAGCAUAUACUGACGGUUACUUGGUCACCUUCAUAGUAAUUAUGCCCAUGCUUGGUCUGUCCUGUCAUUUCUAGCUACGGGGAACGCUCUGCGCCAAUAUAAUAACACUGAGUUACCACAGGGCUCAACUCUAGUUGUACAUAGUAUUUUUUUAGAAUUUUCGUGUCUAACCCGCUAGCUCAAAUACAAAGCAUAAUUUCUGAUGUGGUGCAAGUAAGAAUCUUCACCAGCUCGAUUUGUUCGUCAAGGGCAAUUAAUGGACUACUGCCGGUUGUUUUGUGCCAACAGAUGCAAUAUGUGUACAUAGCUAAGUUGAGUAAAGCGUGAUCGAUCAAUACA